UUUAUUGUUCAACAACCACCUCGAGCACAUCGUUGUGGACUAUUGCAGCUUUGAGAGCUUAACUAAAAAACCAUCUUGCAAACAUGGCCAAGUGCACCAACACCUCUUGCGGCAAGGAGUUCGACCCGGCUGCCACCGGUUCGCAGGACUGUGCUUAUCACCCCGGAGGACCCGUCUUUCAUGAGGGAACAAAGGCGUGGUCUUGUUGCAAAGAGGUCAACAAGCCGGUCUUGGAUUUUGAUGAUUUUAUGAAGAUUCCUGGAUGUACAAGGGGACCUCACACAUCCGAGAAACAAGCCGCAGCACAACCUUUGCCUUCACCCAACGCUCAACCACCCGCUUCAACCUCUACCUCGUCUUCGCCCGCUCCCUCUGCUACGAACGGUAUCACCGAGACAUACGGGACUUCAAAGCCCACCGCACCGACUCCUACCGCUACCUCCAAACCGACUAUAGUCAAGUCGGAAAAGAUCGAUUGGGCGAAGAACGAGCUGGUCGACGAGCCUUCUCGGCCGGUGAGCAAGGGGACGAGGUGUAAGCGGAAAGGUUGUGGAAAGGAAUGGGAGGGAGAGGACGCGGCGAGGAGAGAUAGCAGGGGAAAGCUCGAGGAAGAGCAAGAGUGUAGUUAUCACCCUGGUCCUCCUAGCUUCCUCGAAGGCUCCAAGGGUUUCCUCUGCUGUAAACCCCGGGUGCUCGACUUUGACGAUUUCUUGCGUCUUCCCGGUUGUCGGACGACUUCGCACCAGUUCUUCGAUCCGGCCCCGACGGGCGACGUAGAGAAUGUGGAUUGCAGGCUAGACCACUAUCAGACGCCCGACAAGGUCAUCAUCAGCUGUUUCGCCAAGGGCGUGGAUAAGACCAAGUCUACUGUCGUCCUGACGGCCACAGGUGUCGACUUUGACCUGUACCUACCGGCCAACAAGCGGUGUAUCAAGAGGGUCGACCUGUACAACGACAUUGACCCGGAAGGGAGCGACUACAAGAUCCUGGGAACCAAGAUCGAACUCAACCUGAAGAAAGCCUCUUCGGCAAGCUGGCCGCUUUUGCAAAAGCCGGCCGACGGGACCAAGCUGCCACCCGGAUAUGCGCUUACGUUUGGUGUGAAAGGUCGAACCGGUACGGUCGGGGGUAAGGAGGCGAUCACGUCUUGAGAUAAUUUAUGCAACAUGUAGGGCGAAUGUAGGGUAGACUUCGCGCACGUCAGCCCCAGCAGACUUGCGAUCAAUGACAAUACAAUCGUUCAGCGACACUUGAU